CGCUGCGGUGCGGCAACCAGUCCCACUCCUUUCUUCUCCUAUUCACUCCAUCUUUCCCUUCUCCAGAGCUCAGUAACGGUCACAUUUCACAUUCUCAGCAGUCAGCACGGCAGAUCCCUCCCCCCCCCCUCUCUCUCUUUCUACUUUCUCUCUCUAAUGGCUGGAAACUUCUACUUCUUCCUCCUCCUCCUCCUGCUGACAGCGCUCUCCCUCAUGGCCGGCGUUUCCGGUGCGGCCCACGACGGCGGGGUGAACCUGGAGCUGUGGUGCGUGGCCAAGAACAACGCGGAGGACGCGGCCCUCCAAGGGGCUCUCGACUGGGCCUGCGGGCCUGGGGGCACCGACUGCAGCGCAAUCCAGCAGGGAGGCAGGUGCUACUUCCCCUCCGACAUCGGAACAAUGGCCUCCUACGCCUUCAACAGCUACUACCUCACCCACGGCCUCACUGAUGACAGCUGCUACUUCGGCAACACCGCCGCCCUUAUCUCUCUUAAUCCCAGUAAAGGUAAUUGCAAAUUCCCAUCCAGCUCGUCUGUAAAAAAUGGAAGCCAUUCAGGUACAUCAACAACAGUUGGACUAGGGCCUACAUACGAAGAUUUGAAUGGCUGCAGUCGGAUUACCAUGCAAUGCUCACAAUCAGCUGCAGAUCAAAGGCUAAGGCCCAUUCCUUCCAACCACAGGAAAAGAAACAUUUUGGCACGAAUUCAUGUAGUGACCUUUAUUAGGUUAGUGAAAUUCUUUCUAGAUUGAACGUAUCUUGAUCUCUAUCAUGUAAGUAAGAUGAAGUUAUCGAUACGAUUCUUCUCGUAUGUUCGCGGGAUUUAUCACCUGUUUUGGUCGCUCGAGGGUCCGAAAGGCAAAUCAAGUCCUGUAAUGAAAGCUAACACUUUUCUGCGAAUUCGAGAUCUCUGCUCCAAAGAUGAUGUGAUUUCUUUUCCUCAUAA